AUGCGUACUGUACCUUCUCGAGGCGAAGUGCAUCCGCUCCUCGGCUCGGUCGCACCAUCUCCUUUUCCUGCUGCUGUAUCCUGUCGUUGGGAAGGCGACGACCUACAUCGCUGUGUUCGGCAGAUGAGCGGUGGCUGGACGUGUGCUGGUGGCGGUAUUGCACUUUGCGGGCUCAUACAGUAUGCAGGACAUAAGUAGCGUAUAAUUAUUGCGAAUAUUGCACAUACCGGGCAGCGUAAACCGACGAGUAAAGCGGACGCCACCAACACCCUUGUCCGAAAUACUGUA